CUUGAACCUCAAUAUACUGAAUUUCGUGUCGGUCCGAUCGAGCCACACACCAACAUCGUGUGCGCAAACCUAUUACUUGCGUUGACGAGCGUUUUCUGAAGCGGCAGGCUAUAUCUGCACCAUUUUCAUCAUUUCCCUACGACAAUGUCCGACUCUGUGGACAGAGUUUUCAGUCAUGCCCUCAAUACUGUUAACAAGAUAAGAACAGGUUCAGAAAAACCACCUGCGAAAACGCGACUGAAACUUUAUGGCCUUUACAAGCAGAGCAUGGGUACUCAUCCCCGAUCCCAGCCUCUUCGCUUCACUCAUUCAAGGCAUACGAUUCUUCCUCCAGAAGAAUAAUAUACGUCAAAUUUGAACGCUGAUGAAUCAUAUUAUAGAGGGUGAUGUCGAGGGAAUUAUGGAGAGGCCAUCUGGAAAUGACGAGCCGAGCAGAAGGGCCAAGGAAAAAUGGUAUGAAAUGCUGUCUGGAAUAGGGUCUGAUUUCCCAUUUGCUCAUUUUGUCCUCACUCAGGGAAGCGUGGCACGCCCAUUCGGGGUUGUCUCGAACUGAAGCUAAAAGAAGAUAUAUUACCACGCUGAUCGACACAAUGAACAAGUACGCAUCAGGCUCACCGGAGUCGCGAGAGCUAGUCUCGGAGCUUGAGUUUGUUUGGGACCAAGUAAAAAGCAAUGUUCCAUCAUCAAAUUCCUCCUCACCUCUACAGUCCGCCGGCAUACAACUGAAUGUAACCAGACAAGCCGAGCCACCGCGAUACGGCGCUUUCGGCCCAGCUAUCGACCACAAACGUGAGAGCCCUCAUCCUAUUAGCGAACGUGAUAUGCACUUCGUAGAUACUGUAGCCAAAGAGAAACUGAACAUUGAGGCAACUGGGGAUGCUGAGGAUGAGGAGGAAUUUGUUGACGCUCCGGAUUCACAGGUAGAUGAACCAAUUCCAACGAAUAAUAUCAGUGCGGUGAUAUCCAGUCCAUCAAGAGGUAUCGACUUGGACCGGGAUGCUCCCAUGAGCGGAGAAAGACACAGAAAGAGAAGGGGCCACCCCUAUCUACCUGCUCCUCCGCCAUCGUCGGACGAAAACUGGAAGAAGAAUGUCUCCGCUAGCAUCAUAAAAUUAACCGCGGAGUUAGCUGCGGUGCGGGAACAAUUAGAAGCGCGUAGGUUAUUUACGCACACCAUACAGUUUCGAAUCUUGCGUUUUCUAACGAAAUUUAUAUGGGGCAUUGUUAAACAUAUCGCCAUCGACGUGUUCAUUCUUGUGGUCUUAAUUACAUGGCUACGAGGAAAAGGGGAUAAGAGAUUAGAGGGAGCUAUGCGGGUCUUGCUCGGAGAUGCUGUUGCUCAAGUUCAGAAGCUCGGCGAUGUCCAAUUGGGAAAGCUACAUAUUUCAAAGCUUGGUAUCUCAGGUAAAAAGCUUGCUGAUUGAAGCAAAACGAGAACAGAACCAUCAAAAGUCACGAUAUUCUGAUGGACUCACUUGACUAGGUCAAAUAGUAAACAGCAGACUAACUUAUUCACACAACUCAUAUAUAUAUCUUCAUUGAUAUUGUUAUCUUCUCA